CCCACCGAGAGGUCUUGUGACCUGAUGAGGAAGCAGUCAACAAACACCACUGCUCCAAGUUUCAUCUUGUUACUUGAUCAGACAUGGCUGUUCUGGGUUUCACAGAGAGAUGGAUCCCCGCUCAGCUGCUGAUCAUCUGGAUGCUGACCAACAUCUCUGAGUCCGAAGUGUAUUUGUUUGCUCCAGAGGUGGUCACACUUGAAGAAAGCUCUAAAGCCAGCAUCAACAUUACUUCCAGUUCCCCUGUCAACCAGUCAACUCUGAUUCAGUUCAAUGUAACCUUCACUUCCAAACCGGACUACUCAUCUGUAAUCACAUUUCCUGAGCAGGUGUUGCUGCCAGCAGAGGCAACCUCAGUCAGUUUUAAUGUGACAGCCAAUGAUGUCGGUCAGGUGACCGCCUGUCUGCCUAGCAACAACACAGAUCUCAACAGUUUGAACAUCAGGAUCCACUUCAUGGUCGUCCAUAGCAACGCCCUGUCAAUAAUCAGUCAGGUGAUUGGCUGGAUUUACUUUGUGGCCUGGUCGGUGUCCUUCUAUCCACAAGCCUGGGAAAACUUUAGGCGGAAAAGUGUUGUAGGUCUCAACUUUGACUUCCUGGCUCUCAACCUCACUGGCUUCAUCGCUUACAGUGUCUUCAAUAUAGGACUGUUCUGGGUGCCUUAUAUAAAGGAGGAGUUUCUGAAGAUCAACCCAAAUGGAAUUAACCCGGUCAACGCUAAUGACGUCUUCUUCAGUCUCCACGCUGUCCUGCUCUGUUUGGUCUACAUCAUCCAGGCUGCUAUGUAUGAGAGGGGGGGUCAGAAGGUCUCCCGUACAGCCUUGGUCUUGUUGGCGAUUGGCUGGACAUUUGCAUUGGUCAGCCUCUUUCUUGCUGUCGCCAAGCAGAUCACCUGGUUGGAUUACCUCUACUACUUCUCCUACAUUAAACUAGCAGUCACCCUGAUCAAAUAUGUGCCACAGGCGUACAUGAACUACAAAAAACAGAGUACUGAAGGUUGGAGUAUUGGCAAUGUGUUGCUGGAUUUCACUGGAGGAGUCCUCAGUAUUCUACAGAUGAUCUUACAGUCUUACAACAAUGAUGAGUGGAGGCUGAUAUUUGGUGAUCCCACAAAGUUUGGUCUGGGUCUUUUCUCUGUGGUGUUCGACAUCCUCUUCAUGAUCCAGCACUACUGCCUCUACAGACGGCGGUCACAGUAUGAAGCGGUUUCAGAUGAACAAGACAACUGAUGCUGACUGUGGAUAGACUGUCUAUAAAGGGAGCACAUGAACUUUUUCUGAUCAACCACUAGAUGAUGGUCAUGGUGGUGGUCGUCUUCUCUUCCACCUGGAUGUGCUGCAGGUUUUGCACAUGUUGUCUGAUUGGUAACGUGCCUUCUCAAAUAUCUCUAGGUAUUAUAAUAGGUAUUUUUUUUACCUUUGUAUGAAAAAGGUUGGUUUUGAGGAAAAACCGGUGUAGUUAUGACACUGUUAACACUUUAAAUCAAGGGCAAUGUAAAAACCGAAAUCAUACUAUUUUUGAGUUAAUAAAAUGAUUAAAACAUCA